GCUGGGAAUUGAACCCGGGUCCUCUGGAAGAGCAGCCAGUGCUUUUAUCUGCGGAGCCAUCUCUCCAGCUGACCUCUAGCUCUUGAGUGAAAAGAGGAGAUACACUAACAUUCCAAGUUCCUGGAAUUUGCCUGGAGGUCCAGGCACCUGAGGACGGCACUAUCCCCAGAGAUACCUGACUUACAUUCUUCAAGACGAAGGCCAGGCUCCCUGUCUUCUCUCACAGGAGCUUAGAGACCACUUCUGAAGCUGGAGAACCCCAGGGAGGGUUCAGCGACCAGAUGCCCAUGUUGAGCAUCCACUCCCUGGAACCUGAGGCCAUGCACCUGCCGCCUGGGACCUCAGAGUUCCUAGGCUGCCAGCGGCGCCACACACUCCCUGCCAGCGAGUUCCGUUGCCUUACCCCCAGGGAUGCUAUCAGUGUGUUUGAGAUUGAGCGUGAAGCCUUCAUCUCUGUCUCUGGUACCUGUCCCCUCUACUUGGAGGAGAUCCGACACUUCCUGACCCUCUGUCCAGAGCUGUCAUUGGGCUGGUUUGAGGAGGGUCGCCUUGUGGCCUUCAUCAUCGGCUCACUUUGGGACCAGGAGAGACUUACUCAGGAGUCACUGGCACUGCACAGGCCUGGAGGCCGCACGGCCCACCUGCACAUACUGGCAGUGCACCGCGCCUUCCGGCAGCAGGGCAAGGGCUCUGUGUUGCUAUGGCGAUACCUGCACCACCUGGGGAGCCAGCCAGCCGUGCGCCGGGCUGUGCUCAUGUGCGAGGAUGCACUGGUGCCCUUCUAUGAGAAAUUUGGCUUCCAGGCUGUGGGCCCGUGUGCUGUCACCGUGGGCUCCCUCACCUUCACGGAGCUACAGUGCUCCUUGCGGUGCCAUGCCUUCCUGCGCAGGAACAGCGGCUGCUGAACCAGGCUGCCUGCUUGGCCAUGGAGAGGUGGGAGCAGCAGGCUGGGGGUUCCUAACUCCCAUGCCACACCCUCCUCUGCCUAGAGCCCAUCCAAGUAGAGCUGGCUAGCACGAAGGGAGACAGCAGCUGCCAACUGGAGUAGAGAGGUAAGGGUCAGUGAAGAGGACAGGAGGUAGCUCCGCCCCAGGGCAGGCUGCCACCUGCCCCCAAAGGCCCUCUUGCAUUCUGAACUGUGCACAAAGCCGAGACCAGGAUAGGCAAUCAGUGCAAUGGCAGGAUUGUCCCCACACUUCCUCCUCUACCCACUCUGUUUCUGCAUCCCACAUCCCAGUGUAGCUCCCUGAUUCCUGCGGUCCUUGCCCUCCCCAGACUGACACCCCUUCCUGGCUCCUCACAGGAAUGAGGGCCAGCCAGGAGCUUAAUUUGAGAAGGGCCUGGGGCUUGGACCUGUGAAUGGUGGCGAACUUGGAGUAGGGACAUGCUGUGGGGCCACGCCCACUGCACCUGGGCACCAGUGUGCCCACCUACCCGCUCGCCCAGACUUGCCUUCUAUUCUGGUUCCCCCUAAUAAAGUCCC